AUGUUCGAGAUCAAGUUGAAUGAAAACAUUUCCAAGUUUUUAAACGGCUUAGAAUGUGUUGAGAAUAAAGAUGAGUUAAAGAAGAUACUAGCAAAUGAUUCAAUUAGUAUGAAUUCAUUGUUAGAAUUUUAUAAAAGCAAGAAAAGUACUGAUGAUAUCACUAUGAGCCAGUUAUUGUGUCCAUUAGACUUUAAAUACAAAGAGAAAAGGAUUCCUGGAAGUGAUUAUAGUGAGGAAUUCAGAAGUCAAUUAGAAUACUUGAAAACUAAACAGCAAGAGGAAUCAUACCAAGAAAUGUUGAAUAAAGAGAGGAUCAAGAUUAAUAGAGAUGAUGACUGGGUAUCACCAUCGCAAAUGAAUAAACAGAUCAAAGAACAAGUAACAACGAUUUUUAAUAUCAUUAUAAGUGUAAUAUCUGUAGUUACCGCUAUAUGGUAUUGGACAAAUUCAUCAAUGAAUAUAUCUGCUGAAUAUAGAAUUUUAUUAUGCUUGUUUUUUGGGUUACUGGUAUUAGUUGCAGAAGUUGUAGUUUAUAGCAGUUAUUUACGAAAAAUUGAGGAAGCAAAAAACCUGGAAAGGUCCAAAUUUGAAAACAGACAGAUAGUGAAAACGAUCAAAUUAUAA